AUGCCUGGAUUACAGAGCUGAGUUGGGAACAAAAUCACUUUAGAGCAAGGUUUAGUUUCACCUAGAUUGGGGUACGAUGCUGCAAACACGUACGCAGAAAAGGAGGUAUGGAAGUUUUCCGAAGCUCAUAAGGAUUUCAAUGUAACCACCGUGAAUCCAACUUUUGUAUUCGACCCACAAGCAUAUGAGGUUAAAAUUAAAGCAAAAAUCAAUGAAUCGGCCGAAAUCGUCAAUCGCGUAUUGAAAUUGAAACCUACAGACAAAAUUCCACUCCAUGUUGGGCGUUUUGUUGAUGUUCGUGACGUGGCAAAGGCUCAUGACGCCGCAGCCAAGAAACCAGAUGAGUUUAAUGGUAGAAGAUUAAUGCUUCUUCAUACAGGAUGUUCCAACGAGUUGAUUGCGCACAUCAUCAAUCCAAAAUUUCCAGAUAUGGCAAUUUCAAAAGGACUGUUGAAGAAGCACAAACAACAAUUUAAAGAGGGCGAUAUGAAGUGGGACAAUUCAAAAACUAAGGCUCUCUUGGGCUUCGAGCUCAGGUGUUUGGAGGAUUCGAUGGUCGAUACAGUGAAACAAAUUAUUGAGGCAAACUAA